GGGGAAAUUGAGGCCUGAAGGGUUGCUCUGUUCCCUGCCUCCUAAGAGCUUCUAGCAGAGGCCAGGCUGCAGCAUGGGGUGGUGGUGGUGGGGGACACUGUAGCCCCUACCAGAGUGGCCAGGUCUCGCUGGGCUCUGUCCCUUACAUUCCUCUCAUUCUGAGUCCUGGGUCUUCUCUGGCUCUGGCCUGGGCUUCUCUGUGUUCAGGAUCUGCCCUCCUGUGCCGUACCCAGCCCGACCAGCACCCCUGGGUUAUGGCUUGAUAUGUCCUCAGCUUCUGAUGUUGCCCUUGGUCCCUGCUCAUUGCCAGGCUGGAUUUGUAGUCAGCCCAAGCCUCAGACCACUGUCCCUUCCUCCCCUUCCACAUAUUUGGGUUGCAGAACCUGACCCCAGCUGCCCUUGGGCCUAGGACCUCUCUUCUCCUGGGAGCUGCAUGGAAACAUGAACCCUUGCCUGCCUGGGCCAGGUCCUGGGCUUUCUCCGCUUCUCUUCAUACUCACUAUCUGCCUGGGUGCCAUCCCAGGGGCAGGCCUGGUAUGCAGAAGCAGGAGCCAAAGAGACAUUCAUCAGACCACACACACGAGCUACAGUCUUUUGGGAGGAGGCCCGAAGUGCCCUGCAAGCCUCAUGGCGUUUUUCCUCCCCAGGAAACUAUGCCCCAGACAUCUGUGGUCUUCUCUGGCAUCCUCGGGCCCAGUGGUAGCGGACAGGCACAGCCCGGCAUGGGGGAGCGGGGCGGUGGCGCUGGGGACCUCAUCUUCCAAGAUGGACGCCUUGUCUCCGGGUCCCUGGAGGCCUUGAUGGAGCACCUGGUCCCCACUGUGGACUACUACCCCGAUAGGACAUUCAUCUUCACCUUCCUGCUGACUUCCCGAGUCUUCAUGCCUCCACAUGACCUGCUGGCCCGCGUUGGGCAGAUCUGCCUGGAGCAGAGGCAGCAGCUGGAGGCUGGACCCGAGAAGGCCAAGCUGAAGUCCUUCUCCGCCAAGAUUGUGCAGCUCCUGAAGGAGUGGACAGAGGCCUUUCCCUAUGACUUCCAGGAUGAGAAGGCCCUCGGCGAGCUCAAGACCAUAGCGUAUCGUGUCACCCAGUGCGAUGAGGAGAAUGGCACAGUGAAGAAGGCCAUCACACAGAUGAUCCAGAGCCUGCUGCUAUCCUUGGCUGCCCGGAGCCAGCUUCAGGAGCUGCGGGAGAAGCUGCGGCCACCAACUGUGGACAAGGGGCCUGUGCUGAAGGCAAAGCCACCAGCGGCACAGAAGGACAUCCUGGGCGUGUGUUGCGACCCCCUAGUGCUGGCCCAGCAACUGACCCAUAUUGAGCUGGAGAGGGUCAACAGCAUUCACCCUGAGGACCUGAUGCAGAUCAUCAGCCACACGGAUUCACUGGACAACCACAGGCCAGGGUCCUCUGGAUCUGUGACCUGCCUUAUCCCCCAGUGCCGAGGAGACAUGGCCAAGACCUACAGCCUAGAGGCCUAUGACAGUUGGUUCAACUGCCUGAGCAUGCUGGUGGCUACCGAAGUGUGCCGGGUGGUGAAGAAGAAGCACCGGACCCGCAUGCUGGAGUUCUUCAUAGAUGUGGCCCGUGAGUGCUUCAACAUUGGGAACUUCAACUCCAUGAUGGCCAUCAUCUCUGGCAUGAACCUCAGUCCUGUGGCACGGCUGAAGAAAACAUGGUCCAAAGUCAAGACAGCCAAGUUUGACGUCCUGGAGCACCACAUGGACCCAUCCAGCAACUUCUGCAACUACCGCACGGCCCUGCAAGGUGCCACGCAACGGUCCCAGACGGCCAACAGCAGCCGAGAGAAGAUCGUCAUACCUGUGUUCAACCUCUUCGUCAAGGACAUCUACUUCCUGCACAAAAUCCACACAAACCACCUGCCCAAUGGGCACAUCAACUUCAAGAAGUUCUGGGAGAUCUCCCGGCAGAUCCAUGAGUUCAUGACCUGGACACAGGUGGAGUGCCCCUUUGAGAAGGACAAGAAGAUUCAGAGCUACCUACUCACGGCACCUAUCUACAGCGAGGAAGCUCUCUUCAUCGCCUCCUUUGAGAGUGAAGGCCCUGAGAACCACAUGGAGAAGGACAGCUGGAAGGCCCUCAGGACCACGCUGCUUCACAGAGCCUGAGUGGGAUGCCUGCACUGCACCUGCGGACACCACAAUGCUCACAUGCACGCUGUCUCGGUGGAUGUGGGUUGGGACCAGGGGGCCUCACUGGCUGGGGUCCAUUUUGUAUAUAACUUUUAUGAAAAAGAAAAUGGUAAUUAUUUCAUGCAUCAACCUUUGGCACUUACAAAGAUUUUUGUUUAUUUUGAGUAACAGGGCAGGGCCCUGCUUUGGGGAGGGGUGGGGAAAGAGUAUCAAGGGAGAUGGUAUCCACGAUAGCAUCUUCUAAUGAAAUGUAGAGUUUUAUUUUCUACUUUUGAUUAUGAACAUCUUAUGAGAAAAUAUUUAGAGAAACCCAACCAAAAGCAGCAGCGUGAGCCCUGCCUGCUCGAACGCCUUCCCAGCCAGUCUCUGAUGUCAGGUUAGUGCCUUAGAGGGUACUGGGGUCCGGUCUUCCUGCUCGAGCUCUGUCCUGGCAGCAGCUCCUGGGGAGGGGCUGGGGCGGCCGGAGGGCGGUGAGCCUUCGAUGCGGGCUUUCCAAAGUUUACAUUUUCAUUUUCUUUAUCAGGGAUUGAGGGGUCAGGGAGGGCAAAGGGAUGGCCUGGCAGUGUGUUUUCUGUGAGACUGUGUCUUGCAGAUUCAUCUUUAAUUGUAUUUUGGAAGAGCAAAUGUAAAAUAACAGGGGAGGGAGUCCUGGCCUCCCAUUAGGGCUUUGAACUGAAAAGCACCCUGGGCUAUCAUGAGGAGAUCAGAGUGGAUUCGGGGACCAUGACAUUCGAAGGUGCUCCUGAAACCGCGCAGAGGGAUGAGGAGCCCCAUAGGUGUGUG